UUUAUCUUUUUAAAAUAUGUUUAUAGCUAGUUUAUAGCCUGGUACUGUAACCACUCUAAUAACCAAAGCUAUACUAUUGAACUUGCUCCAAACUGCGGUUGCCAAAUCCAGACGGAAUCAUGGGGAUGAGGGUAUGUGGAUCCAAGAAUUUCUUGGCCGAGCCGAUCUGGAGGUAGUUGCGGCUAGGUCUUGCGCAACUGGAGGCGAAGGGGAUCUGCUCCAUAUGGUUGUGGAUCAUCUCAUCUGGAUGAGCAAUAUUGCAAAAGCGACAACAACUUGGGUCUUAGCCCGUUUGGUAAUGUACCCUUAUCUAUAUAGAAAAAAAAAAAAUCCCUUCUCUGGAAGAAAAGGGGAUUCAUUUUGACUGGAUCAGUGGGAAGCGAUGCGCAUUUUUCUUCAAAUUUUGAGUGAGUGUUCCUACACAAAUUUAUGCUAUGGUUGUUGAAUCUUUUAGCCCAUGUCAACUUGUGUGGGUAGUUGUUCUAAAAAAAAAAAACUUCCGUGGGUAGCCAUUUUUCUAAUCUUGAAGGCUAGGGGGAAGAGAUGUGUACUCCAGUGCAAGGAAAAAGCAUCCACCUUGACUCGCUGCAGAAAAUUCCAUCAUUUCUUUAAUAGUGAAAAAGAAAAAAAAAACAGAACAGAGAUGACCUUGAUUAGCUGCAGGAAACUUCCUUUCAUGAGUCCUCACUCGUUUUCCCAACAACUCCUCUCAUCAUAUAAUAGUUCAUCAGAAUUGUUUCUUGCCACUUCAUACGUUGAUAGUAUUCCUCCUUUCUGAAUCUUUGAUAUUUUUCUAUCUGGAACAAGGAUGCCAAGUUUCACAUCUUCAACAGAUUUGUCUAUUCGCUUUGCAACCACAGAAUCCUCUUCGUACGAUAGCCACAGCUUCUCUGAUGAACCCGGUAAUGUCUCCCACUAAAUACAACUUCUGGAGGACAUCCCUGAAGAUGCACACGAUCCAACAGAUAUCGGCACCUGGAUUCAGAGGGCAGACUUGCAGAUGCUCCAACUGUUUGGGAAAGAAUUGGUGGCAUUGAUUGAUCGAAGCAUUCAAGAAAUCAACCGCGAGCACGGCCAAGCUCGAGGAGCAUCUGAAAUGCGUCGCCUGCUGAAGCUAGCUGUCGUGAUUACCAUGCUGCCAACCUCGCCUGAUCUGUUGCCUGUCAUACUGCGUCUGUACGCGACGCUCGGGACUUUCCCGAUCGACCAGCUAAACGGCAUCACCAAAGAGCUCAGGAAGUGUGUAAGGAAGAUCUUGCGACGGGUAUGUUCACUAUCUCAAACUCAAAGUGGCCUGUACCAUGUAGCGCAGAGAGGUGGCGUUCACAAGAUCACUCUGUACGUGAUGAACUACGUCAAGUUUUUGUGGGAACAUGACAGCGUGAUCAACAAUAUUAUUGCUUAUCAAGCUGAUGGGGAGAGCGAGAACGGUGAGGAAUGGACGCAGGUGGAUUCCUUUGUGCAGCACUUCAUCGGACGCCUCGACGCCUUGCUCGAGAGGAUGGCGAGGCAUGAAUCGAUGAUGGGGCUGGAAUGCAUUUCCUUGCUGAACAAUGCCCAUUUCAUAUUGAACCGGCUUCGCAAGCUAGAGGUGAAGUCUGCACUGCAGCAGGAUUGGAUUCUCAGGUACGAGAACCAGGUCAAGCACCAGAUCACAAGAUACCUUGAGCUCUCAUGGCUACCCGUCAUGUCUUGCUUGGAUGCUCAUACACCGACGCAAGCACUGUUCCCUUGCUUUCAUCUACCCCUGACGACUAGGUUUUACGAGAUGCUGGAGAGCACUUGUGCAGAGCAACAGAACUGGAGAAUUGAGGAUCCGAAACUUCGGAACAAUGUGAGGAAAGCUGUUUCAUCCCAUGUCGUCCAAUGUUAUCAGGCACACUUGCAGAAGAAGGGUAUGAAGCUCCAUAAGUAUAUCCCCCAGGAAAUUGAGAAUAAGCUGAUGGAGUUAUUCGAAGGGUAGACUGCUUGCUGCAAAAGUUAGAUUAUAUAUAGAACCAGAAUCAAACCCCUGUUAAUGCUCACUACAACAGUUUUUGAUUAUUUGUACAAUCAGAACCAGUGUGAAAUUUCUGGUAAUGCACUUUCCUCUUGUGUACUCUUGUAUUCGUGUUCAGGAUGGCGAAAUAUUUUACUAUGUUCUUUC